GUACGUUUGGCUCCCCCCUUGUCGCCGUCCGGCACGUGCCUCCCUCGGAUUUGUAGUGAAGUUCGAACUGGGUCUAAGGACUCCGUCCUUCUUUACCAAAGAGCUGGGGGGCCUUGGGGGAGGGAAGUUUCGAAAAUCUCGCGUUUGGGAAGCGAGGGACUUAUUGAUCUCCGGUUGGUGGUUCUUCUUCUCUAUAUUCGGAUUGUUCUCUUCUCUCGCUGUCAACAGAUCUUCGGAGUUAUGGCAGACAAAGCUCCAGAGACUCCAAAAACACCGGGCUGUGAUGCUUACUUUGAGAAGAUACAGUCACGAAAAAAGCUGCCGUUUACACUGCAGGAAGCCUUGACAAAUGCAUUUGCUAAUAUUCCAGUUUCAUCAUUCCCCCAAGUGCCAGGGGGGAAAGUGAUUGAAAUUCCAGCAGACACACCAAUUGUAGAAGCUGUGAAAAUUCUCUCAGAACAAAAUAUCAUGUCUGCUCCUGUAAGGAAUCCAGAUGCUGGAACGAGUCUAGACUGGAGGGAUCGCUACCUAGGAAUUAUAGAUUAUUCUGCAAUCAUUCUUUGGGUGUUAGAGAAUGCAGAGAUUGCUGCUGUUGCUUUGUCUGCUGGAUCAGCUACUGCUGCUGGUGUUGGUGUAGGUGCACUUGGUGCUAUUGGGGCUCUGGCCUUGGGUGCAACUGGUCCAGUGGCAGUAGCUGGGCUUACUGUUGCUGCUGUUGGAGCAGCCGUUGCUGGAGGCAUGGUUGCAGAAAGGGGAGCAGGAAAGGAUGCCCCUACUGCAGCUGGUCAGCUGGGAGAGGACUUUUACAAAGUAAUCGUUCAGGAAGAACCAUUUAAGUCAGCCACUGUACAAUCAAUUAUCAAGUCGUUCCGCUGGGCUCCCUUUCUUCCAGUUGCAUUAGACAGUUCCAUGUUGACUGUUUUGCUUUUACUCUCAAAGUAUAGACUGAGGAGUGUUCCUGUGAUUGAAACUGGCAAACCCUUUGUAAGAAACUUCAUUACUCAGUCUGCUGUAGUCCAGGGCCUACGAGGAUGCAGAGGAAGGGAUUGGUUUGAUUCCAUCUCUGGACAGUCACUUUCUGAUUUCGGACUUCCAUUCAUGCCCUCUGAUGAGGUUAUUAGUGUCAAGGGAGAUGAGCUAAUUUUGGAAGCUUUCAAGCUUAUGAAAGAUAACGAAAUUGGUGGAGUGCCAGUUUUAGAUGGAUCCAGUAAGAAGAUUAUUGGUAAUAUAAGCAUCCGAGACAUCAGGUUCCUGCUUCUUAGAGCUGGGGUUUUCUCUAACUUCAGGCAACUGACAGUCACAGAUUUCAUGGACACUAUCGCUUCAAUCACUGAGACAGAGGGAGCCAAUGCUGCAAUGAAGCCCGCAGUUACAUGCAGGGUCGACACAACCCUUGGGAGUGUAAUAGAAACCUUAGCAACCCGGCACAUACACAGGGUUUAUGUGGUCAAUGAUGAGGAUGAGGUUACUGGUGUGGUGACACUUCGUGAUGUUAUCUCGUGCUUUAUUUACGAACCACCAAACCACUUUGAUAAUUAUCUGGGGUUCGCUGUGAAGGAAAUGCUAAAUAAAUAGUCAUAUUGUACACAUGCUUUGCAUGAAACAUACUGAAUCAUCUUUUUAUGCCUUUAUUUUUUUUUUACUUCUCAUUGUGUACUAUUAUCAUCUUGUGUGCUACCUUCAUUAAUUUUGAUGUAUCUCACGGAAUGAACAAAGAAAAUACAUUUGUAAUUUCAUGAUGUAGAUAUUAGUGGUUCACAAACGGUACUUAGUGCUUGCGAUUUCUUCAUUC